UUCCCAGGGAGAGGGCCACUCCACCGGAGAGCAGAGCGGCUGUGUGCUGGCGUCCGAGAAGCGAGGGCGGAGGAUGGGGAGCAUCUCGGGGACCCAGAAGACCGUGCCCUGCCCGAGAGCUCAGCCUGACAGCCUGAAGGCCCUGCCCUAACGCAGCUUUGGCAGCUGAUUGGCGACUCCUCUCCGGCGCCUCUGCACAAGCGGCUCCUCACCAUGAGACACAGUCUCCACUUGACCUUCAUGUGUCUGAGUCUCUUCGCUGGAAGGCUGUGCGCCCGGGGGAGUCGGUUCAACGUGGAGGUCAGCAGAAGUGACAAGCUCUCCCUGCCUGGGUUUGAAAACCUCACUGUGGGCUACAACAAAUUUCUCAGGCCCAACUUUGGUGGAGAGCCGGUCCAGAUAGCCCUGACGCUGGACGUUGCGAGCAUUUCCAGCAUUUCGGAGAGUAACAUGGACUACACGGCCACCAUAUACCUCAGACAGCGCUGGACGGACCCGCGGCUGGUGUUCGAAGGCAACACGAGCGUCACGCUGGACGCGCGCCUGGUGGAGUUCCUCUGGGUGCCGGACACGUACAUCGUGGAGUCCAAGACGUCCUUCCUCCACGAGGUCACUGUGGGAAACAGGCUCAUCCGCCUCUUCUCCAACGGCACAGUCCUGUACGCGCUCAGGAUCACGACAACCGUCGCGUGUAACAUGGACCUGUCUAAAUACCCCAUGGACACCCAGACGUGCCAGCUGCAGCUGGAAAGCUGGGGCUACGACGGCAGCGACGUGGAGUUCAGCUGGGGGCGCGGGAACGACUCCGUGCGCGGGCUGGAGAACCUGCGGCUGGCUCAGUACACCGUGCAGCGCUAUUUCACCUCGGUCACCCGGACGCAGCAGGAGACAGGAAAUUACACGCGGUUGGUCUUGCAGUUCGAGCUUCGGAGGAACGUCCUAUAUUUCAUUUUGGAAACCUACGUCCCUUCCACUUUCCUGGUGGUGCUGUCCUGGGUUUCGUUUUGGAUCUCCCUCGAUUCCGUUCCGGCCAGAACCUGCAUUGGAGUGACCACCGUGUUGUCCAUGACCACGCUGAUGAUCGGGUCCCGCACUUCUCUUCCCAACACCAACUGCUUCAUCAAGGCCAUAGACGUGUACCUGGGCAUCUGCUUCAGCUUCGUGUUCGGGGCCCUGCUGGAGUACGCGGUCGCUCACUACAGCUCCUUACAGCAGAUGGCAGCCAAAGACAGGGAGAUGCGGAAGGAAGUGGAGGAAGUCAACAUCACUAACAUCAUCAACAGCUCCAUCUCCAGCUUCAAACGGAAGAUCAGCUUCGCCACCGUUGAGAUUUCUGGGGACGUCGACUACAGCAACCUGACUAUGAAAACCAGCGACAAGUUCAAGCUGGUCUUCCGAGAUAAGAUGGGAAGGAUCGUUGAUUAUUUCACCAUUCAAAACCCCAGUAAUGUUGAUCGAUAUUCCAAGCUAUUAUUUCCUCUGAUUUUUAUGCUAGCCAAUGUAUUUUACUGGGCAUACUACAUGUAUUUUUAAGAGUACGUUGAAUAAUUUGCAUGCCACAGGACUUCAACAGGACAAGAUAAUGAUGGGAAUGGUAUUCAGGCUGAAGGUGUGCCCCAACCCAAUGAUCUUAUAAGUAACAAAAGCAACAACUGAGCAUUUCUUCUCAAAGAAUGGACCCCCAUCCCCCGCAACCAUUAUUUAAGCUUGUAGAGGCCCUAGCAUUACAAAGUCUUGGGAUAGAAACAUCAAUCCAUUUUUUUUAUCUUUACAAAAUCCAUGCCCAUGGAGCCCAAGCUUACAGACCUACCCAGGGCUGGCCGACUGCUUGGUGACUCCCUGGGCUGUGUUUAUUACCUCAUUUAAAAAAAAACUGAGAAGGAGGCCAUUACAGGCAUUGAGUAACCCUCAAGGGACAAGGGUUGCUUCUGAACUAAUCGUACACGCUAUUUAUUAAAUCUCUGCAGUGCUUAUAAAACACAUUGGUCCUAUUUAGGGAGCAACAUUUUCCAGUUUUUGUUUUUGAUUAAAAUGAAAUGUGGCCCUAAGUCAAUGGACCAGAGGUCACUGUAUUAACUCAAUACCAAGAGGGGUUUUUAAUACAGUAUUUAAUACCACACCAGAAUUGGCCCCAAAUUCCAAUAAGUCUUACCAUUGAAAAGUCCAGUGUAAUUGAUGAAAAGUUUCGGGGGUCAAUACUCUCACACGUAAACCCCUUGUUUCUAAGAUACAGAAUGGUUCCCCCAAACUGGAAGGGCUCUGGGGCUUCAUUCCCCAUUUGACAUGUCUUAUCCCUUUACUAGCAUCCGACACCAACCCUCAGCAUCGCUAAAGCCCCUUCCCCACAUCAGGGAUGGAGAUGGAAGCUGUUGUAUUUUUCAGCUUAGUUCUAGGAGUCUUAGUGCGGACUGUUGCCGGGAAGACUGGCCGAGUUGAGUCCGUUUCUCUCUGCUCCUCUUUCCUAGCCGCAGACCCCCCGCAUCCCUCCGAGAAGAGCUUUGGUCCCCACGCUCUGAUGACCAGGAGUGAUGCUUAUUAGCCAGUGACCCGCAUUUCCCGGAAGCAUGCGGUGCAGCACCAGCAAGCUUGGCUAUGCCCAAGGCCCCGAUCCCUGUAGCUGAGUUGCUCUGAGUAGCUUGGCCCUGUGUCUGAACUUUCUGCGUGACAAGGGGACUUGUUACAGAACCUAUGUUCAGGCUGCAGGCAGACCAGCCCCUCUCACCCUAAAAUUGCAAGAACAUGUCCACACCUCUUCCUUGCCCCUUGGCCACGUUCAGCCAGCAGCAUCCUGAGUGGCCAUUUGUGAGUGUUCUGUGAUAGAGCUUCUGGUUCAGUCUCCGCCAUGUGGAAGAAUCUUGCCACCUUUCAUUCUUUAGCUUCCUUUUUGAAUAAACGCAUGCCCUUACCCUUCCCUUCAGAAGGAACCCACGGCUUCAGCAGACCGUCUUUCUUCCACAAUCCCCUGUACCGCGGACUCUCACUCUUUUUUCCGUUGUGAUACUUCUCACGAUUCAGUUUCUGUGGGUUUGAUCACCUGAGCUUUUAACAAAAGGUUUCUAAUAGGAAUGGGCUUGCUAAUACAGGUGGAAGGUAGUUGUACGGUUCAACUGUAUUUGUGAUCUUUUCAAAAAGGUUUGAAAGGGUGUAUCUUUCCCGAAACCCCGUAUAAGCAUUACAUGAAGAACACUAAGUAUGUGAGACUGUGGAAUAAAUGUACCACAUUCGCUACCCACCAAACCUAGCGGUCGUCUGUAGGGUGGGUGUUGUAGCAGCCUGUUUGGAAAAGGUACACGUUGUAGAACACACUUAGUAGGCCCACACCAUUCCAUCCUCACGUCCCCCUGCCUCAGACAGUACACACACACACACGCACACACACACGUACACCCCUAGGUUUUCCUGCCAAGGAAGGUACCCGCUGGUCACACAGACGGUCAAUGUCCUUCUCACCUCCCUGCCCCGCGACACUUGCCCUGCAGUGAGGCAGCGGGCCUGGCGCCACUGAAAGGCCCAACUCUCCAAAGGGCCGCAGACUCCCUUCCAAGCCUUCUUUAUCGCUUUGAAAUUCUCUUUUGUUUUUGUCAAAUGAGAUUUGUAUAGUUUGAGGAUACACUUUGGGUGGGAGGAAUUCUUGGAUGUUGUAUCAUUCCGAACUUGAAGCGGGCUACAACAUCGGAGUUCUUGGUAAAAACUCCUAAUAUCUUCUGUAUCUUCCCACAUACCCUACCCAGAUCGGCCCAGGACUCACUUGAUUCAAAAGUUACAGUAACAGUUACUUACAGGGUAAAAAAAAAAAAUGAAGACUAACCUCUUGAUAAGCAAGGCUAAAGUACAAUGACUGCCAGGGUUCAAGCAGGGUUUUGUACAAGGAACACGCUGUUCUUCCGUGCCCUCGAAUAAGCAAGCUGAAUAAAAGUAAACAGACAA